AUGUUGCUCUCUGGGGUGGUUGCUGCGAAGAGCCCGUCUGUCCCUGUCCACUCUCGCUCAAUUUCAGUGAUUCCAUCGCGGUCAUCAUCUGUGAUGGAGGCAUUGAUGGCGAUUGGUGGAUCAUCGACGGCCUGCAAAUUGAGAGACGACGUCCGCUUGAAGUACGGUGACGUCGUCGUCUUCAAUGGAGACGUCGUCGUGGCCACGUCGAAUUCGACGUUGGCGGUGUCGGAAGCACAUGACCACGUGGCGUUCGAGCCGUCGACACAUACAGUGCACGCAUCUGACGAUCCAACGUCGUUUCGUCUGGAUAUGAUCUAUCAGAAGUGGGCGGAGUCUGCUGAAGAUGUCUCGAGUCUACAGCCAUCGUUUGACGACGUUGACGCUGUGGAGCAGCCAAUGGCUCAGAACGUCGUUCCGCCAACACUUCAGAAGGGCGUCGCGGGGUUUCAGAAGCAGAAGACAUCGUUGUCGAUUCGAGUAGAGACUUCAGAAGACUGUUGA